AUGUUCGCUGUACAGAUACUUGAUGCACUGGCGGAGGCGGCCGUCCUCCUUUUGUUUGACAUUGCGCCGACGUGCACUAGCAGUGAAGACGACGACAACUGUGCAUGCACCAGUGCCUGCAUCACGGCGGUGAACAGCUGUGGUUCACUGGACUCCUCCGUGCCGCGGGGUCAGAUGAAAGCAAUGCCUCAUGACAACACCGAUUCAUCGAGCCCACCCACAUAUUCAUCCAUGGAUGGCAGCAGCUAUGUGCAGUUGACAAUGGAGGAGAUUCUACUAAUGCAGCAGGAGCAAGCACGUGAGGGCAAUGAGCCUGCCCGCCGCAGGCAGGGGAGUAGCUGCACUAGCGUUUCGUCUGGCUGGACGGCUGCCGGGAGGCCGCUUGUGCGGAACCCCUCCUUCGACACAGAGGACGAAUCAUGA